CUCAUUCUCACUCUCCCUUCUCUCUCUCUCUCUCUCUUCAGUGUUCGGACUGUCUCGCUCCUCCUCUAGGGUUUUAGGGUUUUCUGUUUCUUCCAAAUCCGAAAAAUCCGAAACGCCAUGGAAAAGUUUCAGAAGGUCGAGAAGCCGAGGCCCGAAGUGCCCAUCAACGAGAACGAGAUCCGAAUCACCACCCAAGGCUCUAUCAGAAACUACAUCAGCUAUGCCACCACUCUGCUUCAGGAUAAGCGUGGAAAAGAAAUUGUCUUGAAGGCAAUGGGACAGGCAAUUAACAAGACAGUUGCAAUUGCUGAAAUUAUAAAGAAGAGAAUUUCCUGGUUGCAUCAGGAUACCGCCAUCAGCUCUGUAAGCAUAACUGAUGUGUUUGAACCAAUGGAAGAAGGUCUUCUCCCUGUGGAAACGACUCGUCAUGUCUCAAUGAUUUCAAUCACAUUAUCAACAAAGGAGCUAAACACAAACUCUCCUGGGUAUCAAGCCCCAUAUGCUGCGGAUCAAUCAAAGCCACAGCUGAAUUACCAACAGCAGCAGCAACCAAAGCAAGCACGUGUUCCUUACAAUGCUGUUAAUGAAGGUGAUGAUUCGUAUGGCCGGGGACGGGGACGGGGACGUGGUAGAGGAAGAGGCCGGAAUUGGGGCAGGGGAGGAGGUUAUGGCAAUUAUCAAGGCGGAUAUGGGAACUAUCAAGGUGGAAACCAUCAAGGUGGAUAUGGGAACUAUCAAGGUGGCUAUAGAAACUAUCAAGAUAAUGAUGGCUAUUCAAAUCGGGGACAAGGUGGUGGACGUGGUAGAGGUUGGGGUAACCGUGGUGCUGGUUAUGAAAGGAAUGCUGGUGGCUAUGAAAGGAAUGGUGGUGACUAUGAAAGGGGUGCUGGUGGCUAUGAAAGGGGGUCUGGUGGAGGUUACGAAAGAGGUGGUGCUGGUGGGGGUUACGAAAGGGAUGGUUCUGGUGGGGGUUACGAAAGGGUUGGUGCUGGUGGGGGUUAUGAAAGAGGUGGUGCUGGUGGGGAUUACGAAAGGGGUGGUGCUGGUGGGGGUUAUGAAAGAGCUGGUGAAAGGGGUGGUGCUGGUGGGGGUUAUGAAAGAGGUGGUGAAAGAGGUGGUGCUGGUGGGGGUUAUGAGAUAGACGGUGCUGGUGGAGGUUAUGAGAGAGGCGAUGCUGGCAGGUAUCAGAGACGUGGUGCUGGUGGGUAUGAGAGGCGCGGUGCUGGUGGGUAUGAGAGAGGUGGUGCUCGCGGGUAUGAGAGAGGCGGUGCUGGUGGAUAUGAGCGAGGUGCUGGUGGAUACGAGCGAGGUGCUGGUGGUGGAUACGUGAGAGGUGCUGGUGGAUAUGAACGAGGUGGCAGAGGUGGAGGGGGCAGAGGGUACAACCGGGGAAAAGGACGGACAGGUGAGCGCACAAGGGGUGGUGGAACUGGAAACCAAGCAUAAUUUAAAGUAGGUGAUAUUUUUUGCUUCAGCUACAAUGCAUGUGCCCUUUUGCCCGUGAGGGUGCGUUUUUAUGAGUUUACUGUUUCAAUGGCGUGAAAUGUGGCCCUACGAUAUUUGGCGUUGUUUAAACAGUUUCUAUGUUGAUGUUUUCCUCCUGCGUUGCUUUAUAUUUUUGUGGAUAUGGGCAGCCCUGUUUUGGGUUUUGCAUUUAGCAUUUAGCAUUUAGCGUUUAGCAGCCAAGUGAAAAAAAGGGGUCAGUUUUAGUAUUGCUGUAAUUCUUUUGACAUUAUUGUAUCUAGUGCUUUCUUAAAAUAUAGCUUCAUUUCUUUGAAACCAA